GAGUUAUUCUUAUUUCCUGUUUAAAAUUUUACGACACAGUUUCAAAAAAUUAGCUUGACAAAAUGUUAAAGCCAAAGAAAUUAUUUAAUUUUCAAAUAUUUCGUUAUGUGGACACAUUUCGCCAUGCAGUUUAUAUUGAUUAUAAGGAAGGUUCCAAAGAACGUGAUCUACUUAAAGCUGCAUUGAAGACUGUGAUCGAAACUCAAUAUAAAAUUCCACUUAUAGUGGGUCCGGAGAAAAUAAUGAGCGGCGAUCAACAAUUGCAGUACAUGCCACAUAAUCACCGCCAACCUAUUGCCGAGUUUUAUAAUGCCAACGCGCGUCAGGUUAAGAAGGCAGUUGAUUCAGUACGAUAUAUACAUAGCAUGUGGAAAAAUGUUAGCCAUGAGGAACGAGCCGCAAUAUGGAACCGAGCAGCUGAUGAUAUUGAAACAAAGAGUCGUCACAUUCUAAACGCUGCCAACAUGUUAAGCCAGGGGAAAACCUAUAAAGAUGCGGAAGCAGACACUUGUCGGCUAAUCAAUGGACUAAGACAAUAUGCAGUUGCAAGUGUGAAUAUUUCUAAAAAAGAGCUUAAAAAUGAAAACCCUACCAAGGUAAAAUCGACUUUUUAUCUUCGUCCAAUCGAUGGGUUCGUUGUCGCUAUAGCGCCAAAUAAUAUGACUUCGAUAUCACUACAAUUAGCUGCCAUCCCUGCUUUAAUGGGUAAUUGUGUGCUCUGGAAACCAUCGCGGCGUAAUACGCUCUCCAGUUUUAUAGCGUUUCAGGCGCUACGACAUGCGGGCUUACCAGAUGGCGUCAUCAAUUUUCUGCCAAUGAAUAGUCAAUUUUUUUAUAAUUGCUGUAGAUCAUAUGAAGACUUGGCAGGUAUAAAUUUUAGUGGCACUACACACUAUUUUCUAACAAUGUGGGAGAAGGCAUUGAUGUUUGUAUCAAACCGCCGUGGUAUGCCACGUGUUCUUGGUGAGAUGAGUUCGAAAAACUUUCAUUUAAUACAUAAUUCGGCUGACUUAAAACGUGCAGCUGAGGAUACAGUAGAAGCAGCAUUCACACAUUCUGGACAAAUUUGUUCUUCAUGUUCUCGACUUUAUGUGCCAAAAUCUAUUUGGCCUGAUUUUAAAACAUACAUGUGCUUAAAAUUAUCAACUCUGAAAGUGGGAGAUCCAGCAAAUUUUGACUGUUUUACUUCUGCUGUUGCCGGCAGAGCUGUGUACCAAUAUAUUCUUAGCUAUAUAAAGUCUGCACACAAUAGAAAAACUACGAAAGUUAUUUACGAUGGAGGUUAUAAUGACACAUGGGGAUACUUUAUUGAACCGACAAUAAUUAGAUGCGAAGAUCCUCUUGAUCCAUUAAUGAAGUAUGAAAUCAAUGGGCCAGUACUUUCUGUAUAUGUUUUCGACGAAUCCGAUAUGGAUAAGGUUUUUGACUUAAUUUCGAAUACGUCACGUUAUGCAUUUACUGGUUCGGUAUACGCAACUACUGAGGACUUUAUUGAAUGCGCUAAAAUGAAAUUAGUUAACGCUUGUAGUAAUCUAUUUAUUAAUGGUAAAUGCACUGGUUCAGUGCAUGGUAAAGUUCUUUUCAGUGGUACUAGAUAUUCCGGUAAUAAAAACCGCUCCAAUGUUUCAAAUAAUUUGUUUAACUGGUGUUCACCACAAAUGGUUGAAGAAACGUUUGAAGAAAAACCAAAAGGAGAGAAGAAACCGGGAAAGGCAAAUGACAUUUGCGCAGCUAUUAAGGCUAAAGCUGCGGGAGCAGGUGUUGCAGCAAAAGAUGCUAAAGGGACAGGUGCAGCAGCAAAAGAUGCUAAACCCCCAUGUGGUGCAGCGAAAGAUGCUAAAGGAACUGCUCCUCCUGUCAAAGCAGGAGAUGCUAAAGGAACUGCUCCUCCCGUCAAAGCAGGAGAUGCUAAAGACCCAUGUGGUGCAGCGAAAGGUGCUAAGGGGACAGGUGUAGCAGCAAAAGCUGCUAAAGACCCAUGUGGUGCAGCGAAAGAUGCUAAAGGAACUGCUCCUCCUGUCAAAGCAGGAGAUGCUAAAGACCCAUGUGUUAAACCAGGAGAUGAUAAAGGAAAAAAAUAAUACA